CUCAGCAGUGCUGCCGCCAUUCCCAAGCCCGCCGUCGAGGAGCGUGGUCUUCUCGGUUCUCUUCUUCAGACUGUUGGCUGCCUGACUGGUCAGAACGCCAAGUCUGCCUCUGCUGGCAAGGCAUCUUGGUUCGGCAACGAUGGUGACUACGUCACCGAAUUCAACAACGAGUCCGGCGAGGACCUUGUCCUUGUCAUGUGGGGUUCGUGGGCAUCCUGGACGAACGUACAGGCCCCCUUGAUCACCUACGAGCUUACAAACGGUUCCUCGGUCAACAUCUCAACUGUAACUGGUACUUCGGGUGGUUGGGCCGCUCUCUACGAGGAUACCAAGAUGGUUAACGGCCAGGUCAGCAACACCUGGGGUGAAUUUACCUACUCCGGUCAAUACUCCACCGUCGAUGUCUCCCGUCUCGUCAACAUGAACGGUCGUAACAUGACCAUCGAGGGCGAACAGUGCGUUUCCGAUAUGGAGCAGUGCGUCUUCACCUGCGACUCUGGUGAUUCCUGCGAGUUCGGCUACACCCUCGAGAACUGCUCGUCGCAGCCUGGUGCUCAGUCUGGCAUGUACGCCGGUGCCGCCAGCGGUGGCUGC